AAUGAGAGAGAUAUGUUUGUUGGCAUCGUAGUCUCAAACAAAAAGAUGAAGAGUCUGUUUUUAUUUGGUCUUUGCAUAGCUGUUGUAGUAUCAACACCGAUCAAUGAUAAUGACGACGAUCAUGAUAAUCAGCACAAUCAAAAUCGUAGAAGAUUACAAACAUUAAGUUUAAAGUUGGUCGAUGAAAAUGACGGUCAGAGGAAUAAUGUAGAUCGAGAUGACGAUGAUAACAACGACGAUCGUCGCAACAACGAUGACUUUGGAGCUUUGAGGGAAUUGGUUAAAGAGUCAUAUGACGUAGAUGGACCACAAGUUACUCCUAAGAAUACAUAUGCAAACGAGGCGAAGGUAAAAUUAAUAUAUUAGUUGCUCAAUCAGUUU